AUGCAGCUCCAGGUCAGUCGACACCCAUUCCACCUCGAAAAAAAAGCCUGACUCGCAACGCCUACCACGACACAACACACAGUGUCAUUCCUCGCUCACAACCAGCGUUCGUGCCUGUGUAAGGCUCAGCCACUGUCCGACGAUCGAGCUGACCUUGACGCAGGCUUCACGACGCGACAGCAAGACUUUCGUAGUCGUCGACGAAGACUGCGGUAUUCCCACAUCCGUCGUCGAAAACUAUCGGGCUUUCACCGAAAGCGGGCCAUUGGCCCAGGCGGAUCCGCGCAGCUACCUGUUGUCCAUGUCGGAGUAUCACGAUUCCAAAGCCGCUUACGACGUGUACGGUGAGUUCCUGUCCUUCCUUUCUUUCGUUGGGGAGAGUCUCAGAGAGGCAUGCCUUGGCGCCUGACGACCGCGCCAUGGGAGUCAUCAGAGGAAGGAGCCUAACGGCGGCCAGUCCCGACAGCGUGGGCGGCGUGGGAGCCAGUGCGCAUGUGAAGAGAGGAAACAGACAGCUGACCAAUGUGACGUACACACACACAGACUACCAGACAGCCACACGACCUGAGCAGGGGCAUGACGCCUAUGGAGGCUUCGCAGGAGGCCACCCGGCCUAUUCCGCCGACUAUGUAGCGACUCAGGCGCAGGUACCAUCUGGCCUUCCACAAUCAUCCACCACACUAGGCUUGGUACCGUCUGGUCAACAUUACGGGACGCAUGAUCGAGCCUAUUAUGGUCAUCAGGCGACCCAGUAUCCGGCAUAUCUGGAGGCUCCUCGCCCCGUUCCGGAGAUAACAAACUGGACGCCACGACAAGGUCAAGAACACACCACUGUCACCGUCUACUUCCAGAGUGUCUACGACUUUGACGCCCCGCGAGUCACUCCGGUCAUCAUGUUUGGCACCAACCGCGUCGAGAGCGUCCUGCGCAAGUCAGGCCCGCAGGGACAAGUCUACGCAUACUCGCUCUCAGCCGAGGCGCCAUCUUUGGCGUCCACGAAUUCGCCAUCGCCGACCGUCCCGAUGCAUUUGAUGCUGGACGAUGGAUCGAUUACCUGGGAUUCUCCAUCUCUGGAGUUUGGAGAUUUCACAUACCUGCCGGAACCGUCCUACUAUCAACUCGAUUCUCCUCAAAUGGCAACUCAACAACUUCAAGCGCCCCGCAAGCGUAAGCUGUCUCCUGAAGCGUCGCCUCGCAAUUCUCCGACGAAGAAGCCCUCCAUGCAGAACAUCGGCCAACCAGCUGGAACAGGGAUGACUCCACUCUCGCCCUUCCGUCGCCCAAGCGUCGCGGCCGACGUCUACAAUCAAAGCAAACGCAUGAGUGGAACUGCGGAGUAUCACCAAGGCUACGGCGCCUCUCUUUCGCGCAUGUCUUCGCAGCAGUACUACGGACAAACUCAAGCGUCGCAUAGUCCUUCCUGGCAAUACCAACAAGCUUCGCACCAUGUUUCGCGUAGCCCGUCCGCCGCAGGAAUGUCAAAUGCUAGCAGAAGCUCUCAGUUGCUGCCAUCGCCCGCUCCAGGCAGCGCUCCACCGCUGAUACGCACCUCGACUCUGCAACAGUCUCCGACAACACCAGGAGCUCGGAUGCCGGCUGCGUCGCCAUUCAAUCCAUACACCGUCUACCCCUCCAACGCCAAAGCGAUGCUGAAGAUUGACGGCGACCUCAAUACGAUGUCGGACAAGUGGACAUCCGACGAGUGGGAGGUUAAGCGUCGUCUGGUGCAGUUCCGCCGUAGCCAAGUUGGGAGCGUCAUCACAGCCACGUUCGAGCCUGUCACACCUGAGGACCGAAUCCCCAAUAGCAUCUGCGUCAGUUGCAUCUGGUGGGAGGAGAAGCAAGAAUGUUACGUUACCUCUGUCGACACCAUCUCGCUGCUGGAAUCCCUGGUCGCAGUGCGCUUUACGGUCGAGGAGAAGAACCGGAUCCGUCGCAAUCUGGAAGGCUUCCGGCCUGCGACGGUAUCGAAGACGAAGCAGGACAGCGAGGAGUUCUUCAAGCUGAUCAUGGGUUUCCCCAACCCUAAGCCGCGAAACAUCGAAAAGGACGUGAAGGUGUUCCCGUGGCGCAUUCUUGGCACCGCUUUGAAGAAGAUCAUUGGCAAAUAUGCAAGUCAUGCCCACGCCGCAUAUGCACAUGCGCACAUCUUUGAUAUGAUUCGUGACGGCUAACCCCUUCUCACAGUCCGCGAGCUACUCGUCCACGGCCGGACUACUGCCCACGCCUGGCGCCUCCAACUACCUUCCUGUCAGUCGCGCAUCCGAGGCGAUCUUGGACCCGCGUCCGGCAGCCUCGCCACGUUCAACAUCCAGCUCGGCGACUUCACACGGCCAUGCGUACGCCGCGCAAUCGAUGCAAGCCAGCAUGUACCCGCCUCACGCGGUUGGUGUCGCUGGCCUCGGCAUCGGGCCGUCAGCAGGUCACCCGUCCUCGCAUCCGGAUCUGCGCCUCGCCGUACCUACAUCCGCCGGGGCACAGACGACUUCCUGGCAUCAGCCAUCCUCGCACUAUACCUCCGACAUGGCGGCCGGGCGCGGAUGGGACUUUGGCGGUGGCUACAUGGGCGCAUCACCGGCGGCGACUGGACUGCCAGGAACGGCGCCGGCGUACCCAUAUCAGCAACGCAUCCCGUCGUUGACUGGACCAGCAGCGAUGCCGGCGGAGGCCCGAUUUGUGCCCUUGCACGAUUACGAGGGCCAGGGUCAGCCGACCUCGACGUCGUAG